ACACCAGCAGAAAGUCAUUCUGGAGCGAAGGGAGGCUGGAUCAGGAGCGCAUACAGUUCAUCAGCUGUGCGAUUAAAGUCUCAAGUUCUGCUGUAUGCCAUUGAGAGACAGAUGCUCAUUAUUCAUUGACAUUAGGGAAAACCACAUUUUGCAUGCGGUGUUUCGCUUCAGUGGUGCCAAACGACGACGGAAGGAGCGAAGGAAUAAAGUUUGGAGAAGCGCAGAGUUUAGGAGUUGAAUGUGUGAGCCCAGUCCACCUGCUCUGUAUCCCUAUGCCAAGGGCAAUGUGACCAUGGUGGGUGUCGGUAUCAAGCUUGAAGAUGACGAACUGGGAGGUAGAGCCAUCAACAGGGAAUCCCAGCAGUCUUCUCCAAUUUGUGAUUGGUCAGCUCGCCUGUCCUCGGAGAGAGAUGACCCUGAGAAGUCAGCACCCAACUCCCAAUCUCCUUUGGUAAGAUCUCCCAGUAAAGAUCAACCUCGGUCACACACACCUACCAGCCAAGAUGGAGGCAAAAGAGCCCACAAAAACAUUGACUGCAAACCCAACGUCAGUGACGUGAUGCCCACUAUUGAAAAGCUUCUGAAUACAGACUGGAAAGAAAAGUUCUGGGGGAAAGGUCUUCAGGGCAGUGUCAAUCUUAAAGGAUCAUCAGAGAGUCUGGCAGAAAAGGAGCUUCAGUUGUUGUUGAUGAUCAACCAGCUCUCCGGUCUGAGAGAGCAGCUGCUGGGAGCUCACUCUGAGCAGAGGAACAUGGCUGCACUUCUGCUGGAGAAACAGCAGCAACAGAUGGAGCUGGCCAGACAACAGCAAGAACAGAUUGCAAAACAACAACAGCAGCUGAUACAACAGCAACAUAAAAUCAACUUACUGCAGCAGCAAAUUCAGCAGGUAAACAUGCCAUAUGUAAUGAUCCCUGCCUUUCAUCCCAAUGCCCAACCCCUGCCGGUCACCUCUGAGGCCCAGAUGGGUUUACCUCUGCAGCCCAUCCCCUGCAAACCAGUGGAAUAUCCCAUGCAGUUGCUCUCGAAUCCUCAUUCCAACCCCCUCAAAAGGUCCAGUGGUACAGUCUUUCGCCAGGACACCAGUCAGCCACUCAACCUCACGGCUAAACCCAAGACACCAAGUCCCCAGGCACUGGAACUUGCCACGGCACACCUGCAGGCAGGGUAUCGGCCCAGAGUUCUGGCCCACAGCCCACCUCGAUCUACCCUCAGCCUGAGCUUCUUGGGAGAGGGUGACGUUGUCACACAAGCCAUUCAUGAUGCCCAGCAGCUGUUGCGUGGAGGACAAGGCCCGACGGGGCGAGAGAGGGACAACAACGCCAGGAUGGAGGUGUCUCGAGAACGGACAGAUGACGGACAGUCCUCACGUACGAAUGAGGAUCAUCUUAGCAGCGAUUCUGAGGCCGGGCAAAUGGCCAUUUCUGGAGCGGGAAGCUAUGGUGAAACCCGGACUCCUUCCUCUGGUCACAUCAAACGCCCCAUGAAUGCCUUCAUGGUGUGGGCCAAAGACGAGAGGCGACGAAUUCUGCAGGCAUUCCCCGACAUGCACAACUCCAGUAUCAGCAAGAUCCUUGGAUCCCGCUGGAAGUCCAUGUCCAAUCAGGAGAAACAGCCGUACUAUGAAGAACAGGCCAGACUCAGCCGCCAGCACCUGGAGCGUUACCCCGACUACAAGUACAAACCGCGGCCGAAGCGCACCUGUAUCGUAGAGGGAAGAAGACUGCGGGUGGGAGAGUACAAGGCAAUGAUGAAGAGUCGGCGACAGGAACAGAGAGUGCCAUACCCUCCAAGCCAAUCAGAGCAGCAGCUAACGUACCCGUCUGGUGAAGGACCGUACCCCACCACACCCAUGUCCAUGGCGACUCUGCCCUUACACCCCGCCCUGCUGGAGCACUACCUCCCCCGCGCUCUAGAGCCCCCGCAGUGCCGAGGCGGCGAGACUCGGGACAACACGCGACCCAAACAACCCUACAGUGAAGGGGAUGAGAGUGACGUGGGGGAACGCAGUGAGGGAGAGCUGGUUGUCCUCACCGACUGAGAUGGAGAAUGACAGAAACAUAGAGGGAGCCGAAGAGAAAUCAGAAGAGGCAAUGAGUUUAAGAAAAUCAGAGGCACUUUUGGAAUUCCUGCAACAUGAUUGUGUCCUAAAAUGGUAUAGGUCAAAUUUUUCAAUCUGGUUGAGAGUCCUUGCAAGGUGGUUUCAAACCUGGCAGUUGGUUAGACGGUUCUCCAGGGUUGGUGAUUGAGGCAGCAGAGGUGUUUUUGUGGUGAUGUGCAGUUUUAAGAUGGAUAAACAGAGGUCAGAUCUUUACUUUUUUCUUUCUUUUUUAUACUAUUUCACUGUUUUAGGGCCAGAUAUCCAGGAUAGAUCUAAUAAAAUGACUUUAGUCUGGCUUGUUUUUCAAUCUCCGAUGUUAUCAUCAGUCUUUUGAAGUUGCUGUGGAGCUAGUAUGCACAUUCAUUUUGCAGAAUUCGCAUAAUCAAAUUUCAUAUCUGAAAUGCACACAUCAAAGGAUACAAUGAAUAACCAUUAUCUAUGUCAAUGAAUUGGCAAUAAUAGGAUACGUUAAAGGAUAAGUUCAUCAAUAAUGAAAAUUCUGUCCUUAUUUACUCUUACGUUGUUCAAGUCAGCAAGCUGCAGCUGAUUUAUGAAUUUAUUGUGAUUUUAUGUUUUUUGUUGUUGUUGCUAUUUUUGACAAAGCCAGUCCCUAUCUUAUGUCUGCAAAAAGAAAGUAAAUGUGUUCCACUGAAAAAAAUAAUAGCGCAUGGGUUUGAAACAACAUGACGUGUGUAUAAUGAUAACAUUUUUAUUUUGGGGUGAACUGUUCCUUUAAAAACCCAGUGCAUGAGAGCUCUGAACCAUAAGCAGUCCAAAAAAAAAAAAAGUUUGAAUUUGGAAUCGCAUGUUACAAAACGUAUAAAGAUCCAGCAAAAACAGAUAGAGUAGUACACGAUUCUGAAUUUAGCUAAAGACAGCUCAACCGUUCAUAUUGUAUCAUGUUAUCAUACCUUUUGAUGUUUUUUUUUUUUAUUCCUGCACAAGUUCCUGAUAAGACUGUGCCAAGGUACGUUCCCAAGCUUCAGGUCUAAACAAAGAGAAAUACAAAACAAAACAAGUGGAACUGGACAAGGGAAGGAACAUUCCUGAUCUCCUUGUGCAGUUUAUUUGAUCUGGAUUUUAUUUCUGAAGAUUUAUGCUGUUGCAGUCGUGCUUCAGUUUGGUGGCUCCCUCUGCUGUUUGAAUCUGGGUACUGCACUUAAAAUAUUCCCCCAGGUCAAAAUCAAAUGUUUUGUUCUUUUGAAUUGGUGCAGAAUACACAUUUAAAAUGCACUUUUUAGAAAGUAUAUAUUUUUCAGGCCCUCAUUUAUGGUGGCCCAAGGGUGCACGACGCAAGAAAAUUAGCAAAGCAAAUAAAGCUGAAAAUACAACUAGAAAUAAACCACAGCGCAACUUAAAGAAGCCAUAACAGCAUAAUUAAAAUUGAAUGAAAUCAUGAGUUCACCAGCAAUGGGCCAGAACUACAAUACAAAUUAAUUGCAGAUUAAAAAAAUAUAUAUUUUGUUGUGUUAUCUUAUUUCCAUUUUGCUGUGAUUUAUUUACAUUAUGUUUUCAAAUUUUGUUUGCUUUGCUAAUUUUUUGGCCCCGGGCCACCCACUCAUUAGGCCUACUCAAAAUAGAAACAUUUUCAAAGUAGAAUAUUGCACGAUGUACAUAUGCAAAUAAUUUCUACUAUUCAUUUUGUGAAAGGAGUUGUGAUACAUAAUAAUGCCCCCCCCACCCCCUUAUUUUUUUCCUUCUAAGUUUUGGUAUACUUGUAUUUUAAGUGUGUGUGUACUGUAUAUAGAGUGCAUUUGUGCUUAAGAGAUUUUGAGUUAUCAUUCCAGCUGCGUUUUCUUGAUGGGGUCCAUGUCAUUGGGCCACUACUAUUUUACAGUUAAGCUGAAAUGUAAACAUUUUGUUAAAAAUUAUGAACAUUUAUAUUUUAAAGAGGAUUUUUUAAAUGAAAUUUUGCCAGUGGAUGGACUGUUAUGAUAAAACAAAUGUGUUAUAGGAAAUUAUGUAUAUAAAUGGAUACAGAAAUAUAGUGUUUUUUUUAUCUGUAGAAUAAAACCAUAUGGGAAAAUUUUGAGAUUUAUAAUCUGGACAACUGUUGCAAAUCAACUGUUGUAAAAUAUAGAUUUAGACUAUUUUUUUGUCUACGAAAGUGUAUAAUUUAAAGGUGUACAUGUUUUUAUUUCCCUGUAUGUUGCAUUUUUCCUAGUACGUUUUGUGGUUUGUUUGU